CUGCUGUCAAGGGAGAACACAACUACACAAAAGGAGGAAAUUAAGAAGAAUUCAAAAGAUACAGAAGCAAUCUACGGAUCUACUCUACCGGCGUUCACAUGAUAUCCACCGCCGGCGACUGUUCCGACAAUUGACCCCUCCGACAUGUCUGACACCAGCGAGGUCGCCAAGACCUUCCGAGCUCUGGUCGAGAGCGCUGACCGCAAGUUCACUAGGGUUCGUGACGUCCCCUCGUACGGUCGUGGACACAACCAUUACUUCCACAAGGUCUUCAAGUCUUACACUCGCCUCUGGAAAUUCCAGCAAGAAAACCGGUCAAAGCUUGUUGAGUCUGGUCUUCAGAGAUGGGAAAUCGGUGAAAUUGCUUCUCGGAUUGGUCAGCUCUACUACGGUCAGUACUUGAGGACUAGUGAGGCCCGGUUUCUGCUCGAGUCUUACAUCUUCUAUGCCGCUAUAUUCGAUCGAAGUUAUUUCCAGGGACCCAAAGGGGUUGCCAAGGAUCUCAACUUGCGGUACAAGGAGUUGAGGUUUUAUGCGAGGUUUUUGAUUGUUUCUUUGCUCUUGAAUCGGUCCGAGAUGGUGCAGACACUCGUUGAGCGGUUUAAGGCUCUCGUUGAUGACAGCAAGGCUACUUUUCGGGAGACUAACUUCAAAGAAUGGAAGCAAGUGGUGCAAGAAAUUGUACGGUUUUUGAAAGCUGAUAUAGCUUUUAUAAAUGCUAGGCCACUCCGCUAUUGUGCUAUGUUUGACUCGCAUCCUACUUCAUUUCCUUAUGUAGCUCGAUUCCAUGCAAAGAGGGUUCUGAAAUUGAAAGAUGCAUUGCUGAUGAGUUAUCACGGGAAUGAGGUCAAGUUCGUAGAACUAACUCUGGACACUUUUAGAAUGCUGCAAUGUUUAGAGUGGGAGCCUAGUGGAUCCUUCUUCCAAAAACGUCCAGUGGAAUUAACCAACAAUGGUGCAAGUGACCAGUCUGGGGCCUCUGGACUCAUUGAUAUAAACCUUGCCAUGGAUAUGACAGAUCCAACUUUGGCCCCAAAUCCGAAGAAGACCAUACUCUAUCGUCCGUCGGUAACAAAUUUGAUAUCGGUUCUUGCUACGUUGUGUGAGGAGCUCCCUCCAGAGAGCAUCUUACUACUGUAUAUAUCAGCAUCAGGAAAGGCUGGUCAAAGUCCUCAGAUGGAAAGUUCAAAAGCCCCAAGGAUCCCUUCAAACAUGAAAGUUGUUUCACAAACAUCUCGUGAUCACUAUUAUUCACUCUCUGGAGUUCCUAAUCAUGAAAAGGGAGAUUCAAGUGACUAUUACCAGAAUUCUUUAUGGUUGGGGCCUAGAGGAAGUGGAGGUUCAAACAACCUUUACCCUGGCGAUAUCAUUCCUUUUACUAGAAAACCUUUAUUCCUGAUUAUUGAUAGCGAUAAUAGCCAUGCAUUCAAGGUUGUGCACAGUGCAGAAAGAGGAGAGACAACAGCACUACUUCUUUCUCCUGCAAGGCCAGUAUGCCGAAGCUUAGCCGGGGCUGAUCUAACUCAGAAUGGUAGUCAGUUUACAUAUUUCCUUUCUUGUCCUCUACAAGCUUUUCUCCAAUUGGUUGGCCUCUCACCCUCUGAUACUGAUGUGGAUAUGUACAGCAAAGCAGACAAUGUACUCUCCACUGCAUUUUCUGAGUGGGAAGUGAUACUCUGUAAAUCAACUUCCCUGGAUUUGGUGUGGGCCCAAGUUUUAUCUGAUUCAUUUCUGCGCCGGCUUAUUCUCAGGUUUAUAUUCUGCCGGUCCGUGCUUUCCCUCUUCUGCUAUACUGAAGACAAUGAGCACUGUCUACCUGAUUGCUUACCAUGUCUUCCGGAUUCUGUCUCUUCAAGAUCUGAAGCAGUUCAACGUUGUGUCCUCCAGCUGGCUCAUACCCUGGGGGUUGCAGAUUGUUUUCAGUCCAAGCUUUCAUAAUUAAAAUCUGGAGAAAUCUAUCAGAUACUGUAAAUGAGAUAUCGACUUCUGGAAUCUAAGAUGUUAAUUUGAUGGGUCCUGAUACCAGCAUUAUUCAAGUCAAGGGAUCAUAUAAAUGGGUCAGGGGAAGAAGCUGACCAGUAAUGGGAUUCCAGCAAGGAGGUGAACAAUAAUUUUUCAGAAGGAUGGGGGGUUGUGAGACGGUUUUGGUUAUUUCAGUGUCUUGGCACACCCCCACUAUUUAUUAAGCUCUUGCUGUGGAUAUCAUGUUGGUUUUAGCUUAUUCAGGGUGUGUGUGUGUGUGUGUGUGUUGUUAGUCUGAGGGGCAUUCUGUUGUAUAAUCUUAUUGUUGUUGUUAUUUAAGGAUGGGGUGUAACAAAGUAGAAUUAAUUUAUUUAAACAUUGUAAAAGAAACCGAGUUCUUCAAUGAAGAGAUUACUUUUU